GGCGACAAUCCUCCAUCCAUCCAUCUUCUUUCUUCCGUUACAGAGAGAUAUCGAGAAAGCUCCAUUGAAAUGGAAGAGAGUAGCAGAGCCACCGUAAUCCGCCAGCUGCACAACGCGAAGUGCUCAUCGGGAAAAUCUUACAACCAGAUAGCACAAGAGACUGGCCUCACUAACGUCUAUGUCGCUCAACUUCUCCGCCGGCAAGCCCAGCUUAAGCCUGAUACUGUCCCUAAGUUGAGGUCCGCCUUGCCUCAACUCACCGAUGAUCAUAUUCAACAGAUGAUGCGGCCGCCAAUGAGGUCUUACGAUCCUUGUUUGAUUCAAGAACCCACAGUUUACAGAUUAAACGAAGCAGUUAUGCAUUUUGGCGAGAGUAUUAAGGAAAUUAUUAAUGAGGAGUUUGGCGAUGGAAUUAUGUCAGCCAUAGACUUCUACUGCUCAGUUGACAAGGUCCAGGGUGUUGAUGGGAAGGAUCGUGUCGUGAUUACAUUUGAUGGUAAAUAUUUGCCCUACACUGAGCAGAAGGUAGAGCACAUGGCUUCCAAACAACCGAUGCAGGAAAGCUGAACAAGAUUCUAAAGCUGGAAUCUGUAUUGUAAUUGCUUUACAUCGUUCAUCUGAAAAUCUUGUAUGAUUAAAUGUGAAGCUGCAUGUUUUAGAGUAUGAAAGCCGUGCGUCCAUGUUCCUUUGGCUUCCAAGUGUUUGUAUGUGAUCGAGUCAUGACCAAGUUUGGCCCAAGUAAUUUUCAGGGCUGCUUGUGGUCGGUGAAUAACAUGUCUUUCAGCAUCUUUAUUUACGUUGUUAGCUCCAUAAAUUGAUUGUUUAUCAGGACAUAAGACAUGCAAUUGUCUCUUCUACCAAGUCAAUAAAGUGUCUUUAAUUGUUUAGUAA